AUGGGUACUUCCAUUCCUUGCGUUCAGAGGAUUUCAAAGUCCCCUUCACCGUCACCCUGGAAGGCUCAAUCAAGAUCACGAUCGAGAUCAAGGUCGAGGUCUGUGCCUAGACAAAGACCAAGAUCUGACUCCAGAGGCCGUGGCAGAUCAAGGUCUCGGAGCCCGGAAAGGGCGGCCAAUCCUACAAAUCCUGGUAAUACACUUUAUGUUACUGAUCUAUCUUCAAGGGUCACUAAGAGGGACCUAGAGGACCAUUUUUCAAAGGAGGGAAAAGUUGCUUCAUGCUUUCUUGUAGUGGAUCCACGUACCCGAAUUUCUCGUGGUUUUGCUUUUGUUACUAUGGAUUCCCACGAGGAUGCUGAGCGGUGUAUCAAGCAUCUCAACCCAUCAGUUUUAGAGGGCCUCUAUGUCACUGUAGAACGGUCAAGAAGAAAGCGUGCAAGAACUCCAACACCAGGGCACUAUCUUGGGCUGAAGAAUACUAGAGACUAUGGCUCUCGUGGUGACAAUCGUGAUGACUAUCGUGGCGGAAAUCGCGGUGAAUUUUACAUUUUAGGGGUAAAUUUCUCUUGGAAACAUUUUUAG